AUGACACUGACACAUCCAUCCAUGGCUUCCAUAACAUCGUCAUCGUCUCCAACAGCAACUACUCAGUUCAACUUCCAAAACUCCAAAUUGUGCUCCUCCUUCUUCUCAUUCUCUAGACCCUCGCUUCCACUUCUUUCCAUCUCUCACGUCGUCUCCAAUUCCCCCAACAAGUUCAAUUCCUACGUCCUGCGCUGCUCUGCCUCCUUCGAAGACGCCGAAUGGGAUUGGGAACGGUGGCGCGACAACUUCCACGAGGUUGAUGAACAGGACCGUCUCAUCCACAUUCUCAAGUCUAGCUUAGAUGAUGCUGUGCUUUUGGAGGAUUAUGAUACUGCUGCUACGCUUAAGGUGGCCAUUGCAGCUGUAGCUUCCAAUGACACUGUUGGAACGAGGGCCAUAGAGGAAGAGCGUUACAGUGAUGCAGCUUUCUUAAGAGAUGAUGCUGGCACCGGACUUGUGGGUUGGUGGGUUGGAAUGUCGAAGGACACUAAUGAUCCACAUGGUCUAAUUAUUCGCAUAACCCCAGAGCAUGGAAGAUACGUGGCAAGGAGUUAUAGUCCUAGACAACUUGCUACUUCUGCUGCUGGUGUUCCUCUAUUUGAAAUUUUUCUAAUGAAGAAUAAGAAUGGUGAAUUUAAGUCACAGGCUGUGUACUUAAAGCGGAGAGGAGGUUCCUUUAGUCCCCCAACAACAUCCACUAAAGCUUUAGAUGUUGCUGAGAGACUGAGAUCGGUGGAGUCACCUGAAGAUAGAAGUGAGCUAUUUGUUGGGAGUCCUGAAGAUCCGGAGGUUGUUGAUGAUAGGAAUGAUAGCUCUGAUCCAACUGAGGGAAUGCCUGGAUUUCAGAAUAUCUUGAAGGAUAUAAUCCCUGGUGUAAAGAUGAAGGUUUUGAAGUUCACAACUCUAGACAAGGUAGACAAGGAUAUAACAUCUAAGGUGAUUGAGCAGAUAACUGAGGAAGAAGGGGAUGAAAAUGAAAAUGCAGAUGAAUAUUCUGAUAAAGACAGUGAGACAGAACUGAAAGAUGUCAACUCUGAAACUGAUGAUGAGAAUGAAUUAAGUUCUAGUCUGGAAAUUUUCGAUCAUGCAGAACAAAAUAAAAUUAUUGAUGAUGUUUUUCAGAAACUUUCCAGCAGUUUGACUAUGAGAGAUUUGCUUCGAGUUCCUGCUAUGUUGGAGACAUCUGGACAAGAUUCAUUUUCAUUGACAAUAAAAAAAAUAGUCAAUCAACAGGUUGAUCAUGGCAAAGGGAAACCUUCACAAGCUAAAUCAACAAAAAUUCAAGGCCAACGUAGUGCUGAGAGUAUUAUGUUUAAUCUUGCUAAGUUCCUUAGAAUGGUGAAAUUAUCGUCAAAGGUUCUGAAAGAUGUGGGAGAAUUACUAAGUCGUAAUCUUAGUGGAAACCAUGAAAGAUUGUCUGGGUCAACAACGUUCAGGCGCAUUGAAAUACCAACUUCUUUAGAUCCUUUGAAUGGUCUAUACAUUGGUGCACAUGGGCUUUACUCAGCUGACAUAAUUCAACUGAGAUGUAGAUAUGGCCAUUGGCAAGAAGAUGGUGGGGGGAAUAAGGAUUCUUCCCAUCUUGAGUUUUAUGAGUAUGUGGAAGCUUUGAAACUGACUGGGAAUCCUUAUGUACCGGCUGGCCAGGUAGCAUUUCGAGCAAAAGUUGGAAAGAGGCAUCAGCUUCCUCUCAUGGGAAUAAUUCCCGAAGAGUUUGGAUUGAUUGCACGCUAUAAAGGUCAAGGGUGGGUUGCAGAGCCAAGAUCUCGGAAUUCUCGAUGGGUUGACGGUGAACUCUUGAUAUUAGAUGGAAAGGUUGUUUCUCGAUCUCGUCUAAUUGCUUUAUCCUGCUAUUUGAAGUCCGGGCCUGUCGUUGGAUUUGUGUACUGGGUCCCCGAUCGUCCUUUCUUGGUCUUGUUCAAUCGGCUAUGGCUUCAACAAUAG